ACUCAGUAUCAUUAAUUGUCAUUCAAAUGACGUUUCAGAAGUUUUUACAAAAUCUAGAUGUUUUGCCUCGCCACGUGCUUGAUAAAGCAGGCUUGUUUCUAAUAACCAAUCAUAUGUGCCAAUACAUAUUGUGUCGUUGAAUUUCAUUGGCCUAUUGAGACAAGCCCCCCACACCUAGGACGAUAUUACAUGUGUGUAUACAUGUGGGUAUUUAACAUUGUUAUACGGAAUUCCAUUUUAUUACAACAGAUUUGACAAAACAUUUACGUUCAACACAUAAGGACAUUUCAAACAGCACUCUACAAUGGCAACGUUGAUAUCAAAUUUUGCAAGGACUAGAAAUGCAUUCGUAUUGGCAAAUGAAACUAGUCGGGUGUUAUGGUCCGUAAAUAGCCGUCUGAACUCAUCAUUCGUAGGGGCUGACGCCGAGGGAGUGAAUCCGCAACACCCCAAAAUUCUCAUAACAGGAAGCCUUGGACAGCUCGGCACUGGACUAGCCCGGGAACUAAGACAAAAGUAUGGACGGAACAAUGUCAUUAUGUCAGACAUAAUCAAACCAUCACAAGCUGUUAAGGAAAGCGGUCCCUAUCUGUUCGCGGAUAUUCUGGAGUUUAAAGCCCUACAGGAGAUGAUAGUAACACAUGACAUCGACUGGAUUAUCCACUUCAGUGCCUUAUUAAGUGCUGUUGGUGAAAACAAUGUGCCUUUAGCCAUGAGGGUAAACAUUGAAGGUCUUCACAACGUUCUAGAGCUAGCAAGACAAUAUAGACUUAAACUCUUUGUUCCGAGCACAAUUGGUGCAUUCGGCCCCGACUCACCAAGAAAUCCAACACCAGAUAUGUGCAUACAGAGACCAAGAACUAUUUACGGGGUGUCCAAGGUGCAUGCAGAACUAAUGGGGGAGUAUUAUUACCACAAAUAUGGACUUGACUUUCGAAGUCUGAGAUUCCCAGGUGUGAUCUCCGCCGAUACACACGCAGGUGGAGGUACUACUGAUUAUGCUGUGGCUAUAUUCCACGAGGCACUGAAGAAGGGCACGUUUAAUUGUUAUCUAAGACCAGACACGAGGAUGCCAAUGAUGUAUAUUACCGAUUGUCUAAAAUCUGUAGCACAGUUUAUGGAGAUUCCGGACUCGAAAAUGAAACUACGGACUUAUAACGUGACAGCUAUGAGCUUCACACCAGAGGAGCUAGCCGAAGAGGUCAAGAAAUAUGUCCCAAACUUUACGAUAACUUACAACCCCGAUGGAAGGCAGCAAAUCGCCGACUCGUGGCCUGAGGUGUUUGACGACCAAAAUGCACGAACGGAUUGGGGUUGGAACCAUGAGCAUGACCUUCAAGCGAUGUGCAAGAUAAUAUUCAACGCUCUCACGCCGCUGUAUAAGUGAAACGCACAUGGAACUUAAGUAUGCACCGAUCUGUUCUACUGAACAACAUUCGGGCUAUCAAAUUGCUAUCAACGAUGUAUCGAUACCGGUUUCGAAACAUUUUUUGUUGUAGAAUUUAUGGUAAGAAUCUCAACGUUAUAACGGCUUUUACUACAGUAAAACACACCUAAAUGGUUUUGCAAUCACGAGACAAUACUCUGCAUUCGCAAGAACAUAGAUGAAAGGAAAUACAUUAGUCGUUUUUACACAAAUACAUUCCGAUAAUCUGGUAUAUUAAGGAAUUGACAGUGACCAUAAAUGUAUAUGACAGGGACUGUGAUCUUGUUUUGUUGGUAUGUUUAAUACAAAACAUGUUGUUGUUUUUUUAAAAAAAAUUACUAUGAUAUUUUAAAAGCAUAACUGUGGAUGUAAUAUCUCUUCUUUAUUUAAUUAACCACAUUACAAACUUUCAUACUGCAUCGAAUUUUAAGUGACAUUUUUGAAACGUGUCGUAUCACACAGAAUGUCUCGUGGUAAUAUGGCGUCAAUGUAAAAGCAUUGUCUUUCAAUCUGAUAUCAUACAUAUUUUGACAUUGUUUUAAUACAAACAUAUAUAUUUCCAUUGUCCUAUGAUGUUAAUAUUUGCAUUUUAUUGUUAUUAUAUACAGUGUUUUUAUCAACGUUGUGUUUUAUAUAAAUUGAUAAGAAAAUAUUAUACAUUAUAAUUGGUUUCUUAUAUGUAGAUAAAGCUUGCUUCAUACCAC